AUGAAAUGGAGGGAGGCGGUAACCACCCAGCCAGUUUAUAAUCUGAUUUCAGAAUGUAGUUUUGUCAGCGGAUCGGGCAUGUUUGUCACCGAGACGUUUCAGGAGAAUUGCUUUUCCAAAGAGCUUCAUUUAAGUGAAACUAGACUUGGGAAUAAUGCUGCUGCAGACACGAGCACUGAGAAAAGGCCUGAAAUUCUUGCCUGUUCCAAUCAAAACAUUUCGGAAAGGUGGUUAUCCAGCCCUGCUCCAUGUUCACCAGCGACUUUCAGAUUCAACAAACGUUGAAUUAAAAUCAAAGAACGAUGCUUCAGCUGACGAAGAGCGCAUUCGCCAGCGCUUUAUCCCCAUGACAAGAAGAACCCUUUGCAGAAAACUCCUGGAACAUAACAGUCUGUUUGCUUCAAAUGAGCACCGGAAAUUCGAAGAUUUGGCCACUGGACUAGAUUCUGCAAUCGCUAGGGGCUUUCAUGGCACCCUUGGGGAAAUGAAGUCACUAUAUGAUCCACUGAACCCAGACAAGGAAACAAUGGUCCAUGGAAAUAUCAGUAAAAAUGAAAGAUUGGACAAUGAGUUCUGGCUGCUCCAAAAAUUAUCAAGGCUUUUAGAGAAGGCACAUUUUUCUGAAUUAUCCAGAGAGCACAUAGAGGCAGCCCUUCAAGAACAUGCUGUUUUUGAAGGUGUUUUAGUGAGUGUUGAUACUGCAAAAUAUGAUGUUCUGAGAUUUUGGGCUCUUGGUGAAGAUCAGUGGAGUGUUGUGCUUGGUUCUGCAGCUGAAAAGUUUAAGUAUUACUCAAAAGUCAUUAUCAGAAAAGCACCAAGAGUUAUUCCCAGAUACAAGAGAGUGGUUGUUGCUGUAAGGACAAAGUAUCAAAAUAAAUUAAUGUUGAAAGCGUUUAAAGAUAUCCCAACAAAUAGUUUGGAAUACUUGUUACCAGAGGGAAAGAUAAGAAUGACAAAGACUGAUAAAGGCUUCAUUGCUACUACAAUAUUUAUUGCCAUGACUAGUGUUGCAAUCAAGUUAGUUUCAGCAUUGUCAGAAUAUCACAUCGGAUAUGUGCAGAUUGCAGGGCUAGCAACCUUUGUUGUUGCACUCCAGGCAUGGAAUGCAUAUAAAAACAAAAGGAAUUCUUAUCUAAUGAGUCUGUCAAGGCUCUUGUACUUCAAGACAGUUGCAAAUAACAGGGCCUUAUUGGCACUGAUUGUGGACAGAGCAGAAGAUGAGACAUUCAAGGCUUCACUCCUCACAUACUCAUUCUUAAGGGGACUCUUGGAAGGAUCACUUCAAUUAAAAAAUUCUACUGGUGCUACAACAGAAGCAGGUGUAAGAGCUGAUGACUUGAAAAAUGCAGUUGAAGAUUGGCUUAGAACAAGUUUCAGCUUUGAAGUUGAUUUCAGUCCAGAGGAGCCAGUGAAACAGCUUGAAGAUCUUGGAUUGCUUAAAAGAAUAGUGGAAGAUGGAGUCGAAUUGCUAAAUGUUGUUCCGCUAGAAGAUGCUCUCAAGAAAGUACCUGUGCCUCCAAUGGAAAUCGUGAUGGAGCGAAAGGAAGAUCUAGAGAUCGAGGAACUAUCACCCGAUUUAACAUCUGCGUUAGAAGACGUGAGAAAACAAGGGAGCGUCAGUUCAAACAAAGGCAGUGAAAAGGGCUGGAAAAGAAUUGCGUGCUCAAUAAGAAAACUUAUAAAAGGACAGCGGCUUAGCAGUUGAAUAAUUACAGCAAUCGUGUGGUGUAUGAUGAAAAAUGCUCUUUGUCACAGUGUGCAAGGUCUCUGUAUUUGUCAAAAGUUGCUAGUUUCUCAGUGAAAAUUUAAAGGCUUUCGCGCAACCAGCAUGCGUUGCGUUUGCUGUUUUUUUAAGCGAGGAAAAAUGGGGCUGUAUUUUCGUGCUCUUCGAUAUUAGGCCGGUUUUUAAAAUAUCUUUGCAAGGCAUGCUGGUUGCGCAAGAGCCUUUUAGGUCAAAUAAAGUAUUCUGGUGGAUUUUUGAGGAAUAAAGCAUAUUUUGCUUUAAACAUACACUUUGUCAUUUAUCAUAGGAAACCUCGCAUUUCUCGACUCGAUGGAGAAAAUUUAAUGGAGAAAAUUUUUUGUUAGUUAGAUGUUACUAUUUGUGUAUAUAAUGAUUUUCUAUUGAAUUGAAACCAAAAAUAUUACCUCUCUGAAUUGUUUUUUCCAAAGCUUACUUUGAGGAAAAUUCCAGCUCCCCGAGUCAUCAUAAUAUUUUUAUCGUUUUCCACACACUCAAUGUUUUUUGGUUGUAGAUUAACUAAUUGCAAAACCAACUAGAGUUCAGGUAAUGUCUUGUCAUAUUCUAUAACAAUACAGCUUCCUGCGUGUGUACAGUCGAACUGUUUCCUUCGAACGAAAUGUGAUAAGAAAAAUAAUUAGAAGACAAACAUUUCUUUAUUGCUUUGUUUGAAUCUUCCAGCUCCACAGAAUUUGAUACCAA